AGCCCCGCCCCGCUGCUUUGACGUCACUUCCUGCUCGCGUUGCCGCGCUUCCGGGCGCUGCACACCGCUUCCGCCUCUGCGUUUCCACGGUAACGCGGCGCUCCGAGCCUUUCCCCCUGCCAAGUUGGUUCAGUGGGACCCGUUAGCAUCCAGAGAUGUCAACCCCCCCUCUGGCCGGGGCGGGAAUGCCUCCCGGUGCAUUCUCAGGGACGCAGGCUCAGGCAGCUAGGGAGGUCAAUACAGCAUCUCUCUGCCGUAUCGGCCAGGAGACCGUGCAGGACAUUGUGUUUCGAACCAUGGAAAUCUUCCAGUUACUGAGGAACAUGCAGUUACCAAAUGGCGUUACUUAUCAUACUGGAACAUAUCAAGACAGACUGGGAAAACUACAGGAGCAUCUCCGCCAGCUAUCAAUACUCUUCAGAAAACUGAGAUUAGUCUAUGACAAAUGUAAUGAAAACUGUGCUGGACUUGAUCCUAUUCCCAUAGAACAACUUAUUCCAUAUGUUGAAGAAGAUGGCUCUAAGCACGAUGAUCGUGGUGCCGCUAGUCAGCUUCGUUUCGCUAGUGAAGAGAGAAGAGAAAUCAUGGAAGUAAAUAAGAAACUGAAACUGAAGAAUCAGCAACUGAAGCAGAUCAUGGAUCAGUUACGGAAUCUCAUUUGGGACAUAAAUGCCAUGCUGGCAAUGCGGAACUGAACAAGGAAAAUCAAACUUCGUAAUCAGAAAAUAGACAAAUUUGUAUGAAUAUACUUUAUUUCAUUUUGAGAAUAAAUAUUUUUUUCCUACAACUAUAUGGAAGCAUUAUCUGAAAUAUCUUAAAGAUUAAAAUGUUGGGUAACUUAAGUGGUGUUGCUUUGUUUUCAUGCAAGAUUCAUCCAGAAGAUUGUACCUGAACAGUUCUCCUAGGUUGAUUAGAAUAAAUUUUGUAACUUAGAGUAAGAAUUUGGAUUGCUAUGCGAGUUGGAUCUGUAUAAAAUAAGCAUUUCUGGAUUUUUAAAAUAAUAUAUUAAAAUACACUUUAAAUAUAUAAUCUGCUUGCAGACAACCUUUACAGAGUGGAAAAGUUGCAGUACAGAAAAGCAGCUUAAAUAAGCUACAGAACUGAAAUAAAUUAUCAGAUCUUUUGAUGCAA